UAUUUCAUUGUACUAAGAAAUAUUAUAAAAUAGUUCGCAAAAAAAAGCGACAAUUAAUGACAUGUAACUUCGAAUUGUCUGCAUUACAUGGAACUUGGUUUGCACAAUUUCGAUUAGGUUUCGAAAAAGUUUGCCGUUUUAUAGGAUAUUUCAUAACACUAAAGCAUUCAGAACAAAUGUUUUUAGAACAUGAAUUAAAUAUGAGUUCUACAAGUGUAGUCGAUUGGAGUAACUUCUGUCGAGAGUUGUUGUCGAUGUGGCUAGAUCAAGAAGAAAAUAUGAUUGGUGGUCCUGACUGUAUUGUAGAAAUCGAUGAAGCGAAAAUUGGUAAACGAAAAUACAAUCGCGGACGAAUUGUAAAAGGACAAUGGGUAUUUGGCGCAUUAGAACGGGGAACUAAGCGCAUAUUUGUUGUGCGUGUUAGUGAUCGCUCUGAAUCUACACUGAUAAAUAUAAUACGUCGUCGUAUUGCUCCAGGAACAACAAUUUAUAGUGAUUGUUGGCGUGCAUACACUAAUUUAAAAAAUGAGGGGUUUAAACAUUUUACGGUUAAUCACUCAGAAAAUUUUGUGGAUCCAAUUACUGGUGUGCACACCCAAAACAUCGAACGUUUAUGGCGUGAUAUGCGAAGUGGAAUACCACGUUACGGAAUCAAAGAGGAACAUUAUAACCAUUACAUAGCAGAGUUUAUGUUUAAACGUAUAUAUAACUAUUCUGAGAGAAUAGAUCAAUUUUUUACGAUCAUGUCACAGUUAUAUCCAUUAACAAAUAAUGUACUUAAUGAAAAUGAAUAA